ACUCGUAAUGUAUCCAUACAAAGAACAAGCGCGGUAGGAGCCCUUUCGUCCGAAACGGUCGGUCUAUCGGUUCUGACGUCAUUACUUCCGCACCCCCCUCUUACUCACCUCAACACCACUACCCCCCCUCCCUCCCUCCCUCUCUCUCUCUCUCUCUCACUCGCCGACUCUAUACACAGAUCCAACAUGGAGUGAGCGCGGAGCGGCGAUGGGGCUCGCGCGGGGCCGUCCUCACCGAGAGCAACUCGCGACUGCAGCCGCCACCGCCGCGUUGUCGCCUCCGCCGCCGCGCGCGCGCUCACCGCAGACCGAAACCUCCUGCGUCCACGAGACCAUCGGGUCGGAUUCUACACUGUCGCGCGCUGGUUAAAGUCUGCAAGACGAAAAAAAAAAAAAAAAACCAAAACAAACAUAAAGAAAGAAAGGAGACGAUUGCUGCUGUAAUUUAUACAGCUUAAAGAAAAGAAAAGGGGAAAAAAAAGGGAGACCGGGAUCGGUGUGAGACAAAAUGGAGCCUACUGGACGCUGGUGCGCGCGCGCUCGGGGAUGUUAUUACCAUUAUCAUGAUGAUGAUUAUUAUUAUUACUGUAGGUGAAACGAGGGGGAUACAAUGACCGAGGAAUCGCAGCCAGACGAUGACGACUACCUGGUGCGCGUGAAGGCGGUGGUGAUGACGAGAGACGACUCGAGUGGUGGUUGGCUGGCUCAGGAAGGAGGCGGGCUCAGCCGGGUGGGCGUGUGUAAGGUGGCUCCAGGCGAUCUGGAUCUCCUGGGCCGCAACGGGUUUCUUAUCUAUGGAGAGAGACUCCGGGACAAGCAGGUGAUCCUCAAGUGCUUCCUGAAGAAGGACCUGAUCUACACUAAAGCCACUCCAACGUUCCAUCACUGGCGGGUGGACAACAAGAAGUGCGGCCUGACGUUCCAGAGUCCGGCGGACGCCCGUGCCUUCGACCGUGGCGUCAGGAAGGCCAUCGAGGACCUGACGGAUGGGUCCACCACGUCUUCGUCUACGCUACAGAAUGAGACGGAACUGGGAGACGACGAUGUCUUUACGACUGCCACAGACAGCUCGUCUAACUCGUCGCAGAAGAGGGACUCAUCACUGCAGACGCUUGCACCGAUCAGCUUCUGUGAAUCACAUCACCACCAGUGCAUUCUGGGACAUCUCUACAACCAGCACAGGCACUCCGACCAUUACUUCCUGGACCAGGCGGUGCCGAUGUUCCCCCACGUUCCUGUGAACUUCCUCGAGGAAGAGGAAGAGCUUGUGCGCAUAAAUCCACGUGAGCGCGUCUGGCUAACGGGCUACGAGGACUACCGUCACGCCACCACGGCCGCCCACAAACUCCUGCACCCGGAACCUACGGACUCUUACGUCUCCUUCACCAAGAAUGAAGCGCCCAAACACGACUACACGUACUCGUACCCGCACCGGCUCUCUGGAGACGACAGUAAAUCGGGCAUCAGUGGCGGCGUGGUGGCGUGUCAGCCGCGGACCCCGUGGCGCGCGGACGAUGAGCGCGUACGCUGCGUGUACUGCCAGGACGUGUUCAGCCCGGCACAAAACCGGCGCGGGCAGUGCCAAGAAGCGCCCGACCCUGUGGUGGUGCUCAUACGGCGCGUGAGCUUCAUGUGGUGUGCCGACAGCCUGUUGUACCACUGCAUGGCUGACGCCGAGGGCGAGUACACCGAGCCGUGCUCGUGCGACCCCAGUGACGGGCGACUCGUCCUGCGCUGGCUUGCGCUGCUCGGCCUGUCGCUCAUCGCACCCUGCAUGUGCUGCUACGCACCGCUGCGUGCCUGCCAUCGCUGUGCCGUCGCGUGUCACUGCUGCGGUGCCCGACACCAAGCCGCCGGCUGACACGGACGAGGAAACAGAGGAAUAUGGAAACGACAGGCAGAUGGCGACUUAUUUUUAUUUUUUUUGCUUUUGUCUGGAUGUUUUUAUCAGUUAUUUUUGGUGUCAUUCUUUUUCUAUGCCAUAAACAGUAAAUUCAUUUAUAUAGUCAUUUAUAUAUGAUAAAGUGUAUAUAUACACCUGGCUAACGGGCUAUAUAUUAAAUCUAUAUAGAUAAAUAUAUAUAUAUAUUUAAAAUUAUAUAUGUAAAUCCGGGUACUUUUAUGUUGUUUUUGUUUUUUUACAAUACUCUGGAUUACGUAUGUUUGUUUUGUUUCUGUGUUUACCUUCUGUUCCGUCGCCAUGGCCUUCCAGUCCAAGGUGGAGCUCUCCCUCCUAUCUGAGGCACUUAAACUCAUAUGUGAACGUCCAACCUGUCCAAAAGGACGAACUCGAAUGUGUGCUGUCCGUGAUGAAAUGGAGACAAAAGUGGAAAUUAUUUUUUUGCUGAAGCCAAAACGAUAUAAGCUGCCGAGUGUGUGUGUGUACGGCCAAACGUGCCACAGUGAAGUACAACUGUGAUAGAAGUGUGUGUGUGUGUGUGUGUGUGUGUGUGUGUGUGUGUGAGAAUGAAACCUCUGGAAUGAUCUGGAUUUCUCUAUGAGUGGGGCUGUCUCGAUAAUACUUACUUAAGACAAUCUUAUUUAACAAACACUAUACAUUGCUGUAGCAUUUUUAUUUUUACGCUUAGGUCCAUAAGUAUCGGAACAGCGAGACUGUUGUUUUUUUUUUUUUUUGCGUAGUUUUGACUCUUUGCAUCACCAAAACGUUUUUAAAACGAAGAUGUGAUUGACGUGUGGACUUUCAGCCUAAAUUAAAAAUAUUGUAUUAAUAACAAUUUUUUUAAAAUUAUUUUCGCAAGCUCAAAAGUAAUUGUACAACUGACUGAGAAGAUGCUUGAUGGCCAGGUGUGAUCUGUUUCUUACUUAUUUAAUGACAGAUAAAGAUGAUAAAAGAUUUGAAAAGUGUUGGAUUUGCAUUUGGUAGCAGUUCAUGGGAACUAUGACGAUCUGAACGAUAUACGGUCCAAAGAUGUGUCGAUGCUGAACUGAAGGAAGUCAUAAUAAGGCUGGAUAAACCAAACAGACCAAAAUCAGCGAGAAAGCAGAAACUUUAUGAGGCAGCCUAAUCGACAAUUCGGUACAUUCUUAAAAAGAAGAAAUGCAAUGGCGAGCUCGGUCGACAGCAAAAGGCCUUGAAAACCAGAAGAGAGAACUACAGUGGAUGAUCGUAGAAUUCUUUCCUUGAUGAAGAAAAAACAUUUCAUAACAUCGAUCCAAGUCAAAAACACUAAAGGCGGGGGAGGGGGGCGAAUCAGUGUCAAAGUCUACAAUCAAGAGACGUCUUCAUGAAUGAACGACAAGAAUAGGAUGGACCUUGUUUAAAAGCCUGCUUAAAAGUUUUUAAAGAAAAUUAUGGAAACAGAAGAAUAUGGAGAAGAAAAGGAAGGGCUCAUGUUCUAAAGCACACCACAUCAGCAUUAAACGUGUCAGGACAUGGGUGUAUAUGGCUGCUAAUGGAACCUGGUCACUGAUGUUUAUUGAUGAUGUGAGUGCUGAUAGACGUGUGAAGUGUAUAAAACUCUAAUUUCUGCUCAGAUUCUGUGAAACACUGUGAAAACUGAUAGAACAGUACGUCACAGUAUAUAUCGAGAAUGAAAACGUCCAAAACGUAACAGUGAAAGCAUCCCAAGAGCUUCUUAACGCGAAGAAAUGGAGUGGUGUUAAAAAAGACACCCCACCUCAUAGAGUCUGUUACCUGAGCUCAACCUAACGCAACUUACUGCAGACAUAACAAAGGGCAGAAAGACAAACAAACAAGUAGCAAAUGAUAUAAAAUAAUCCUAAUGUUUAUAAUUAUGCUAGUUUUUCCCGCGUUAGUUGUUACCUUUGAGCCUGUGACAAUAGGGGGCGGACUGGGUAAUAAAUGCAUGUAAUUCCUACACGGUUAUUUGUUUUAAACCCUGUCAAAUACUUAUGGACCUCACAAGUUCGUUAAUUCCGGAAACAUUCCCAGAACAUUCCAGUAACGUUUGUGUACGUACAUGAGUGUAACUAUGGUGCAUCAUGGUAACAUUUCUGCUCUACGAUGUACUGAUAGUUUUUUGCUUUCAUAACUUUUUUGUUAGGUCAGACAAAAACAACUAGGGAAGUUAUAUGUUUUAAAGGGAUUUAUUGUUUUUUUUUAAGUCAUAAUUGAGGCGAAUACACUGUAAGUACAUUACAAUACGUUACACGGACCAGGAACUUUGUCACCUGGAACUUGAGUUGAGUGUACGCAAUAGAAGACGAAUUCUACAACCCUCGUUCCAUGCAAAAAUGCAUUCCAAAUUCCAAACGUACUAAAUCAAGCUGGUAUCUUUAAAAGUUAUGCAGUAGUAAAAGUAGUUUAAAAGCAGUAUUUCAUACAAAUUUAACUCUUUUCUUUCUUCGUAUGGCUAGUCCUGGUUAGCAAUACGGCAAGUUCCACGGAAAGAAAAGAGCUGUGUUGGAUUUGACCCCUAAUCACGUACAUUGUCCUGGUGUUACUGCUGAGAAACUCAACAGUCGGUGAUGCUGUAACCUCUCGCAGCCAGAGAUCUAGACAGAGCUGAUUGGCCGAGCUCUCUCAGAGCGGAGGUAUGAGAGGAACUUUGUGCUCCCACAAUAAUCACGGCUCUACAGCCAAUCAGGGGCAUCUGCGAGCUCACGCAAGCAGAAGGAGCGGAUAGCGCUGUCCUCCGAGUGUUGGGGUGCGUAAGCAAACAGUUCAGAAAGAUGCUGUCAGCUGGAGUCACGUGGUUCGGAGGAAACACAUGAUAAUCUACAGCCCUGCUGAAUGAGUGGUAGUAGUAGCAGUCUUAAAGUGGAGCCCCCUAGUGACGGGGAGGAAUUGGAUACGACGAACAUCGGGGAAAAAAAACAAAAAAUAAUAGUUUUUUUUUUUUUUAAAGACCUAGUGUAAUGUACAUAUAAGCACCUUAAUUUUGAUUUUAAAAAACCCGAACUAUCCCAUUAAUUACAUGUUCUCGGACCUGAUUCCACACCACACCUCCCAUCGAGCUUUCUUCGUACUAGUUCUUUACAUUUUAUUUAGAUUUGAAUAAGAUCGAUCGAACAUUCAAACCUUAAAUAUGUUUCUUGUAAGACGUUCAAGUUUACGGUGAAGCUAAACCUAUGCAUGACGCCAUUUUAUAAAAAUGGUUUGUUUGUCGCCUACCGAGUCGAGACGGACGAAUCCGAUUCAUCCAGCAAUCCCCGAAAAAGUCCCAGAGGUUCCGAAUCUCACGAGUGUAUCUGCUCUCUGAAUGUCCAGUUAACAUGCAGCCUACAAUGCUGUCAAACUGUAUCGUAAAUGUCCCUCUGUGUGUGAGCGCGCGAGUGUGUGAGUGAAUGUACAAAGCCGUAUUUACACUGUGUAUAUCUGAAAUCGAGAACCAGCCUCAAAAUUAAUGUAAUUAUCUACAAGAUAAAUAAAAAGCUGUCCUUUUUA